AAACGAAAAGAGGCCAGAUAUUUCUAAAGCAAAGCGAAAAGACGCCAGCUGCUUAACGAAAGACGCCAGAUGUUUUCUAAAGCAAUGGUUUUAUAAUCAAAACCAUAUCGCGAUAGAGGUUUGUAGUUCACGAUGCUCGUUGCCGUCGGUGUGUGCUCGUAUGGAUAAGGAUGCCGAAAGGCGGGCGCGCAGGGCAGCGGCGGCGCGCGCUCGCAGACAGGACCCUGAAGUGAGAGCCUGCGAGGCAGAAGCGCACCGGGAAGCUGCGCGACGUCGCCGCCAAGAUCCUGCUGUACGGGAACCAGAAGCCGCAUCAGAAAGGCAGCGUCGGCAAGAUCCUGCAGUGCGUGAAAGAGAAGCCGCAGCAGCAAGGCAGCGUCGCGAAGGAGAUCUUGAAAACGUUCGACAACGGGAAGCGGCGAGGAAGCGCGCAUAUCGCCAGGCGAACCCAGAGGUGAGAGAACGCGAGGCGGCGGCAAAGCGUGCCAAGAAAGAACACGAAGGUGCAGACGCCCGGUUCGAUAGAGAUUUGCUCAAUAUCACCUUUGGGCAUAGCUGUAACGUGUGCGAUAGACUCUGGUUCUCCAACAACCUAAUCACGAUAUCGUCGAUCAGAAACGAAGAGUCUCGCAAUAAUGCCAUCGCCACGUUGCAGCGCGCGUUUCCCGCCGCAACCGCCGAGGAUUACAAGGUUUGCUCGAACUGUAAAGCUUCUCUGACGGGCGGCAAGGUACCUUUGAUGAGAGUUUCAAAUGGUUACAAGUAUCAACCGAAACCAAACUUGCCUCCCCUAAACCCAGUAGAAGAACGCCUCAUUGCACCUCGUCUACCCUUCAUGAGUAUCAGAAGAUUGACGCAUGGAAGCGGCCAAUACGGCAUCAAGGGGCAAGGAGUCAACCUUCCUAUAAACGUUCCUAACACGGUUCAAUCCCUGCCUCGUGACAUUCCGGACGACGUGGCAAUCGACGUUCAUCUCAAGCGCCGGCUCGUGUCCAAACCGUCAUACAAGAAGGGCCUGGUUACUAAAAGCAACAUACACGCCUAGCUUAAAUACCUUGAAAACACUCCCCUGUACAAGUACCUCAACAUCAAAAUCGACUGGAACCGUCUCGGCAAAUUCAACGACAAUACCGGCGGCGCAGACGGCAACGUGGAAUGCGACGUCGACGAGAUUGAGCAAGCGCCGCAGGUUACCGAUCUCGACGACCCCAUGCAAGCAACGAUCGCUCUCAACACGAUGUCGCAUUCCAUGAUCU